CAUAAUUCAAAACAAUCAACAACAAAAAACUCCACAAUUUUUAAUAAGUGUAAUCAACGGAUUGCUGUAAUUGUACAUGUUUUAAUUAAUGCAACUGUGCUGUUAUUAGGUUUUUAAAAACUCAUCUUAAAAUGUAUUAACACUCUUAUUCAUACUUCUAAAAUUUUUUUUAGUUAAAUACCAUAAUGAGUAAUCAAAGUUCGGCUGCAAAAGUAGGUGAAAUAUUCAGUGCAGCAGGUACAGCUUUUAGUAGAUUAGGUGAAUUAACAUUGACACUACAACCAACAAAUGACACCCCUACACCAAACAGUAAGUGGACAGAUGAAGAUAUUGAAAUGUUGCAAAAUGCAGUAAAAAAGUUUACUGAAGAUUUAGCUGUAAUAUGUGACCAAAUCAAACAACGCACAGUAUCACAAAUUCAUUCAACAUUGAAAAGGAAAUCAUAUGAAAGCAGAAAUAUGAAUCCUACAGCAAUUUCAAGAUCUCAUUUAACUCAUAUUUCAUCACCAAUUACAACAAAUAUAAUAAACACAAAAUGCAAUUCUGCUGAAGUGACUCUAAACAUGUUAAAUGCUCCUCAAGAACAUGGCUCUGGUUCUGAUGAUUUGUCUAAUGACACUAUACGACAUAAUUUUAAUUGUGAUAUUGAUAUGAAGUAAAAUAACCUAAAUGUAUAAAUUUUAUGAUUGAAAUUAAGUUAUUGUAAAAUUAUUAAUAGUUUAAAUUACUAAUUUGAUGCUUGUGUUCA